GUUUCCAAAGACGAGGUCCCGAUGUCUGCCCCUCCUACCAAGAUCAGGGCUCAGACCAUCACCAUUCCACCUCCCUCGCCUUUCACACGGCCACAGUCAGCGCGCACACCAAGACUCUACAUUCCUCAGUCCCCAUUCUCGCCGGCAGCAGUACGAUCGCCAAACAGCUCGGAUUCCGCCACCAACUCGGCUACUUUUCCCGCAUCGCCGAAAGUCUGGGAAGCCGAGGCCAAGACCGGGCGAUCAAGACGUGUCAGCGUGCGAGAAGUCGUCACCCGCACAGUGACAUACAGCAGCACACCAGUCGACAAGAAAGCGCCCACCUUCCCCCAAAUCGACCCCGCACCGCGCGGCAAGAGGAGAAAGAUCGAAUAGGCCAUGUAUGGUUACACGACAUGCCCGUACCGCUGCCCAGCCUCGAGCAUCAGCGGGUGUGCAACCACUAAGUACGACACCACGGCCGAGCUUCUUUUGGCGCCACCAGCCUCAGCGCCUAAAUACAUCACUGCUCUCCGCCAUACAUUUGCCAGCGCUCAUGCUUCACGAUCACAUCUUACUUCUACGAUGAAUACCGGCCUACCCUAAACUAAUACCCGGGUCCCGGCGACUCACCCGCACCACUCAUUUCUUUCGACUACCCUUCGACGUUCGAUUCUCGGAGCUGGUGCACCCGCUCUCUCUUUUCCUUUGUCUACCAUUACCACGAGAGCAGCUAGUUCUCUCAUGACCUGUACGGUUCGAAAGACCGAAACUUAUGGCGCGGAAAAUUCUGGUGUUGCAGGUGAUAUUUUAUCGCGGAU